AUGGACCCUCAAAUCACCCUAAACACCUUCCUCACUACCACGGGAUCUUCAUCAGACCAGAAAACGACUAUCUUCUUCAUCUCGGGCAACCCGGGUCUGAUCGGCUACUACCAUCCAUUCCUCUCACUGCUCUCAAAGCACCUAGACGAGUCGAAAAAUGACGCUUCACCAAAUCCCCAAUCAUUCCAAAUAUAUGGCUGUUCCCUUGGCGGUUUUGAGAUUGACGAACAAUCCUCGUCCUCACCGCACAACGGCGCGGACCUCGAUCUCGAGAGCCAGAUCUGCUUUGUGCAAGAAAAGCUUGCUACUCUGAUGGGAGACACGGCUAUCGAUCAAAGUAACCUUGAUGUCAAGCCUAGACGAAAAGUUAUCCUGAUUGGACACUCCGUUGGCGCAUAUAUCGCCAUGGAAAUCCUACGCCGGCAUCGCGAGGCCAGCCCGAGAAGCAACUUCGAUAUCGUCGGCGGAACAAUGCUGUUUCCGACGGUCAAAGAUAUCGCGGCUUCGCCCUCUGGGCAGAAAUUGACGACUCUACUAUCGAUUAUUCCCCGGCUGGCUGUGGUAGUUGGUCUCUUCGCUCGGCUGCUUACAUUUUUGCUUUCGGCAUCUCUGUUACGAUCUGCGGUUCGGUUCGUCAUGGAUGAUCCCCCCGUUCAUGCUUUAGAUGCUACGUGUGCCUUCUUGAAGAGCCGAGGUGGUGUACGCCAAGCUUUACAUAUGGCCGCGGAUGAGAUGCGCACUAUCACCUCCGACAAAUGGAGUGAUGAUGUCUGGGGCGCUGCAUCGGCGCGCGAGCCUAUCGCCAAGUUGUUUUUCUAUUUUGGUCGUAAUGACCAUUGGGUCGCCGAGCAGACGAGAGAUGAGAUCGUUGCAAUUCGGGGACAGAAGGGAGAACAGGUAGGGCCGACGAUGGUUGUUUGUGAAGAGGGUCUGCCUCAUGCGUUUUGCUUGAAACACAGCGAUGUGAUGGCUCGGAAGGUUGCAGGGAUGAUCGAGCAGAUUAUGGGCUGA